GUUUCUACAUCACUUUACUUUAUUCUCCAAGUCUUCAUCAUGAUGUUCGUUUCUCUUCAAAGCUUACCUCUUGGACGUUGGGGUCAUCUUGGUGGUCGUUGGACCGAGCCGUCUGUGCGAUAAAUUUGUUGUGCUAGGCCGCGUCGUCGACAUCAUGACCCAGAAGAAGUCUCUCCCCGCCACCUUCAUGGCCGGAGCCAUCAGUGGUACCUGUUCAACGCUUCUUCUUCAACCGUUGGAUUUAGUCAAGACCCGUCUUCAAGUUCGCACCACUGCAUCAGCUACAUCUUGUGGCGUCGCACCGAACCCCAUGCUGGUUCGUGGAGGAAUGGUUGCGACGUUUACCACCGUCGUUCAACACGAGAAGCUCUCAGGCCUAUGGCGAGGACUCUCACCAUCUUUGUCCCGCUGUGUUCCUGGCGUCGGCUUGUACUUUACAACACUGACGGCCUUACAACAAACAGUCGUUCCGGAGGAUCGUAAAGCCACGGCCUUUGAGGCCCUUUGCAUUGGCGGACUAGCUCGCUCUCUUACUUGUGGAGCCCUACUACCCAUCACCGUCGUCAAGACUCGAUUCGAGAGCGGAAAUUUCCAGUAUUCCAGUGUUGUUGGAGCACUGAAGAAUGUCAAGACCCAGGAAGGUUUCCGUGGUCUGUACAGCGGAUGCUAUGCCACUCUGCUCCGUGAUGCCCCAUUUUCAGGCCUCUACUACCUCUUCUACUCUGAGGGAAAGAAGGCCCUGGACGAUUUCCACCAACGCAAUGGAAUGGAGCAGUUUCACACAUCGAUGCAGUUUGGCGUAGGAUUGUUGGCCGGUAUUCUGGCCUGUGGCAUCACACAUCCUGCUGAUGUAGUCAAGACCCGGCUGCAGAGCCAGAUUCAGCGAUCCAGCACCAUCUCGGUCGCCAUGCAAAUCUAUCAGAAUGAAGGCAUUGCCACCUUCCUGCAUGGCUUUGCGCCGCGCGUCAUGCGUCGUUCCAUCAACGCAGCGCUGGCCUGGACUCUGUUCGACUAUGUCCUUUCGCAAAUGCAGCUGAAGUGAAAGCUCGCGCCAACCUGUGAGCACAGCUGCUGCUAUGACAUACAGUCUUGCUAGAUACAUUUUCAUGCAUUUUUUUCAUUGUUGAUGCAUUGUUGUUAGGUCUAGUCCCUGAUUGGCGGAGCUUGUUCUAUCGCUUCGCCCCAACCCUCCUAUUACUACACGAUGCACUCACCCACAUCUAGCCAUGCACUACACCUCUAGGUCGUACUAACCCUCUCACACUUCUUUAGCUAGGACUGCCCCCUCCCUCAUAUCCCAGUCUAUAUCUAUUUUUUGCUGUUGCAUUCCUCACCGCUGUAGCGUUUGCGCGACUGAUCUGACCCUAGAAAAAUCUCAGAGCCCCCAAUUGUAUUGUCAUAUCUGCAUUGGUCCGAUCAUACCGCCAGAAUCCUCUGUUCUAUUAUAUCAUAGGUUUGAACCGAGAUCAGCUGUUAUUAUAGUUUGCAACGGCCAUUGGCACUAUAUUGUUUGUAUGUAUGUCUUGUUUUUAUGUGUUUUUGACUCUUCGGGUACCUGAUCUACCUUGUCUAAACAUUUUUUUAUGGAUCAGAUUUGAGAGCCAAUAAUAAUAAUUUAUGAUACAGGAUCUGGAUCCAUAUAAACAGGC